AGGGGGUUCAUGGGUGGAACAACUUGCGGGGCAAGACGGGCACUGGGAAGGAGACGACUGCCAGGAGAAGUGUGUGCAGAGGGCAGCGACCGCGCGGAUCCUAGUCGGGUGUCGGCGGGGGGCGGGUGGACGGCGACCGAACGGCCCGCUAUGCAAAUAAGAUGCAAAGCAGCAUGCAGAUGAGUGCAGUCCACUGGGGCCCUCUGUGCCAGUGCUGAGCCCGGCGGAGCCAGCAGGGCUGUGGUUCCUCUAGGUCCCUGAGUUUGUCUGCAAGGGAAAGAGGCUCGGUGGCUGUCUCUUAUCUCCCAGUCUCGGCCAAGCCCAAGAACACAGCCAGAGGACCCUUGAGAACCUGCCCCGACAGCAGCGCCUAUUCUCUGCUUUUCCAGCCGUGCUACCCAGCGGGGGAUCCCACGCCAGCACGCGGAGGGCUCCAGCAGCGGGCACUUUAAGGGGGCGGGGCCAAGUCUAACCCCGCCCCCAGGCCUCCGCCUCCGAUUUGACUUAGCGUGGGCUGGACUGGCUCGCGCCUCCGCCAACCGCUUCUUUACCUUCCCGUCGCUUCCCCGGUGACCCCGGAAGUGGAAGUAGGUGUCGGUCUCCGGCCUCGGCGGGGACGGAAGGCGGAAGCAGAGCGUGAGCAGGAGGCGGAGCCGGGGGAGCUGCUCCAGUACCUCCCCCUGGCCCCGGGCUCAGCUGCUCGAGGGGGAGGAGUUACCGCCGCUCUCUGGCAUCAACCGCCCAUAAUGGCUGUGACCUAAAGCCCUCAGGAAGGCCUGGGGUCAUGGCCCAGAAGCACCCCGGAGACAGAGGGUUGUGUAGAGCCCAUCACAGUGGUGGUCCUUCCCUCAGGACUUUAGGGCCUUCCGUGGGCCCUGAAAUUCUUUCGUUCUCAGGACUCAGGGACUCCACCGGGCGUGCUGCUAAUGGUACCCGCUGCCUCGCAGAACACUCGAGGCCUAAGUACACAGAGCCCCCAAACCCAGCCCACUGGUCGGAUCCAAGCCAUGGCUCCCCGAGAGGUCCGGGCCCCCCUCGGGCUGGAGAGGACCCCGAGCAGAGUGAGGCAUAUUCCGAAGAAGAAUCAGGAGUGGAUCAGGACCUCUCAAGAGAAACUGAGGCUGGGCGCCAGGAGCACGGGAACCCUUCUUUUCUUACCAUUCCGCCCGCUUGCAACUGCCGUGGAGUCUCGGAAGGGCUGUCCUCCGGGGGCAAGGAGAGCUUGGCUAGCAACUUUUGCCAUCACUGCACCUCUCCAGUGUUGGAGGAAGAUGAGGAGUUGGAAGAGGAAUACGAGGAGGAGGAACCUCUCAAGUUCCCCAGUGAUCUGUCACGUGAAUCCGGUGGAAAGAAACCUCCUGCCCGGAGACAGCGGCACCGUCUUCCAGCCAAGGAGGAUACACGGGAGGGUGGACGCAGGGAUCCCAGGUCGCCGGGUCGGCAUCGGCUGGGCCGCAAACGAAGUCAGGCAGAGAAACGCAGAGGCCCGGGACUGUGGGGAGCCGAGGAACUGUGUCAGCUAGGGCAGGCGGGCUUCUGGUGGAUGAUCGAACUGCUGGUGUUGGUGGGCGAGUAUGUGGAAACUUGCGGCCAUCUGAUCUAUGCAUGCAGGCAGCUGAAUGGCAGUGAUCUGGAUCUUUUUCGAGUGUGGGUGGGAGUCUGGGCAGGGCGGCUUGGGGGCUGGGCCCAGGUGGUGUUCUGUUUUCUCAGCCAGGGAUUUCUCUAUGGGACGGGGCUCUUCACCCGCUUUCUCAGACUACUGGGUGCUUUGUUGCUCCUGGCUCUGGCCCUCUCCUUGGGCUGUCUGCAGUUGAGCUGGCAGUUCCUCCUGGGACUGGGUGACCGUUUAGGCUGGAGAGGUAGAGCUACCUGGCUUUUCUCUUGGCUCGAUUCUCCUGCUUUGCAGCGCUGCAUGACUCUGUUGAGAGAGAGUAGGCCAUGGCAGCUGCUGGUAAGAAUGGUUCAGUGGGGUUGGCUUGAGUUGCCGUGGGUGAAGCGGAGGACCAAUAGACAAGGGACUGCACCUGCAGCAAGUAGUCGCUACUGCCAGCCAGAAGAGGAGGUGGCUCGACUCUUGACUAUGGCUGAGGUUCCUGAAGAUGAGCUAAACCCUUUCCAUGUGCUGGGGGUUGAAGCCACGGCAUCAGACAUUGAAUUGAAGAAGGCCUAUCGGCAGCUGGCAGUGAUGGUUCAUCCCGACAAAAAUCACCAUCCUCGGGCUGAGGAGGCUUUCAAGGUUUUGCGGGCAGCUUGGGACAUUGUCAGCAACCCUGAAAGGCGGAAGGAAUAUGAGAUGAAACGAAUGGCAGAGAAUGAAUUGAGCCGUUCAGUGAAUGAAUUCCUGUCCAAGCUGCAGGAUGACCUCAAGGAGGCAAUGAAUACUAUGAUGUGCAGCCGGUGCCAGGGAAAGCACAGGAGGUUUGAAAUGGACCGGGAAGCGAAGAGUGCCAGAUACUGUGCUGAGUGUAAUAAGCUGCAUCCUGCUGAGGAGGGAGACUUUUGGGCAGAGUCAAGCAUGUUUGGUCUCAAGAUCACGUACUUUGCAUUGAUGGAUGGAAAGGUGUAUGAUAUCACAGAGUGGGCGGGAUGCCAGCGUGUGGGAAUCUCUCCAGAUACCCACAGAGUCCCCUAUCACAUCUCAUUUGGUUCUCGGCUCCCAGGCACCAGUGGGCGGCAGAGAGCCACUCCAGAUUCCCCUCCUGCGGACCUUCAGGAUUUCUUGAGUCGGAUCAUUUCAGGCCAAAUGUCCAAUGGAAACUUCUUUGCAGCUCCUCAGCCUGGCCCCGGACCUACUACACCCUCCAAGCCCAACAGCACAGUACCCAAGGGAGAAGCCAAACCGAAGAGGCGGAAGAAAGUGAGGAGGCCCUUCCAACGCUGAUACCCCAACUUUUUCUUCCUCAAAUCAAUGUCAGGGAGUCCAAAGGGCUGUGUACAGCACAGGAUGGAGUUUGAUUUGUUUAUUUUUAAAUACUUUAAAAAAAAAAAAGGGAAACUUUCAA